AUGGGAAAGGUUUUCACGCGCACAGGUACUUCUUCCGGUUUGUGCGUUUGGCAAGAUGGAGACUAUCCUGGAGCAGCAGCGGCGGUAUCAUGAGGAAAAAGAGCGGCUCAUGGAUGUUAUGACCAAAGAAAUGAUGGGAAAGAAAGCCACGUUAAGGGAGCAGAUAAACUCUGAUCACAGGGCAAGAACAAUGCAAGAUCGAUACAUGGAUGUAAGCGCAAAUCUAAGGGAUUUAUAUGAAGAUAAAGAUGGAUUGCGUAAAGAAGAGCUGAAUGCAAUUUCAGGACCAAAUGAAUUUGGUGAAUUCUACAACAGGUUGAAACUGAUUAAAGAAUUUCACAGAAAACAUCCAAACGAGAUCUGCGUGCCCAUGUCUGUUGAAUUUGACGAGCUUCUAAAGUCCAAAGAAAACCCAAGCGAGGAGGCGCAAAAUUUAGUGGAGUUCACGGAUGAAGAGGGUUAUGGACGUUAUUUGGAUCUACAUGAUUGUUACCUGAAGUACAUUAAUCUCAAAUCAUCAGAGAAAAUUGACUACAUCACGUAUUUGUCAUCGUUUGACCAACUUUUUGACAUUCCGAAAGAGAGGAAAAAUGCAGAAUACAAACGGUACUUAGAGGUGCUUCUAGAAUAUCUUCAAGAUUACACUGAUCGAGUGAAGCCACUGUUGGAUCAGAAUGAGCUGUUUGGCAAGAUACAGAUAGAUUUUGAGAAAAAGUGGGACGCUGGGGCAUUCCCAGGCUGGCCGAAAGAGACUAGCAGUGCUCUCACUCACUCUGGAGCUCAUCUAGACCUCUCUGCCUUUUCCUCUUGGGAGGAGUUGGCCUCUCUUGGAUUAGACAGAUUAAAGUCUGCUUUGUUGGCUUUGGGUUUAAAAUGUGGAGGAACCCUAGAAGAGAGAGCACAGAGGCUUUUUAGCACUAAAGGCAAAUCUUUGGAAUCCCUGGAGACCUCUUUGUUUGCAAAGAAUCCCAAAGCAAAAGGCACAAGAAGAGAUACAGAGAAGAACAAGGACAUUGCGUUUCUUGAAGCUCAGAUAUAUGAAUAUGUUGAAACUCUAGGGGAACAAAGGCACCUGACCCAUGAAAAUGUGCAGCGCAAGCAGGCCCGAACCGGGGAGGAGCGAGAAGAGGAGGAGGAAGAACAGAUUAGCGAAAGCGAGAGCGACGAUGAAGAGAAUGAAAUCAUUUACAAUCCCAAGAACCUUCCUCUUGGUUGGGAUGGCAAGCCCAUACCUUACUGGUUAUACAAGCUGCAUGGCCUGAACAUCAACUAUAACUGUGAAAUUUGUGGAAAUUACACGUACAGAGGGCCCAAGGCUUUCCAGCGUCACUUUGCGGAAUGGCGCCAUGCUCAUGGUAUGAGGUGUCUUGGGAUUCCCAACACUGCCCACUUUGCCAAUGUAACACAGAUCGAGGACGCUGUUUCUUUAUGGUCAAAACUCAAGCUCCAGAAGUCUACCGAAAGAUGGCAGCCUGAUACAGAGGAGGAAUAUGAAGACUCCAGUGGGAACGUUGUAAACAAAAAGACAUAUGAAGAUCUUAAACGACAAGGACUUCUGUAGUUCCAAUGGUCCCUGAGAGGUUUUAUGAUUGUAGUUUUCCUUUUUUGAUAGCAAUGUACAUUUAAAGAGUCCACCUCCUACCCUCCUUCUGUGAUUUGUGUUUACAGAUGCCUGCUACCAAAUGCAGCCUCUGUUAGUCCUCGUAUUUUUCAAUUAAAAGAAGAAAACAUUUUGGGGGUGAUACAUUUCUUUAACAAAAAAAAACAAACAAAAAAAAAAAAGUUUGAAUCUCCCAGAGCUGAAGAGUAUCCAGAGUAAAACGGACAAGAGUCAGAGGUUGCUUGAAUUAAAUGUCUAAUACGGACCUCGUCUCCUAGGUACACUUCUCAAAAAAUAACCCUUUUAUUUGAACUAUUUUCAGUCAAGUAAGAUUUUGUGAUUCUGCCAUUAUAAACUGUCAAACAUAAAAUGUACAAACGACUGUAAACUUUUAUAUACUAUUGGAUACAUUAAAAGAUUCACAUUUCUAA